CCCGGAUGUGUUACGUCAAAUUAGUGCGCGCUACGUCAUACAAACGCAUGGUCCAACAUUUUUCUGAACGCUGCAGAUUUGAUCAGGAUUUUGAGUGUUUAAUUUUAUAAUCCGCUGGAAUGAAAGUUAAAGUGCUUUGUAGAAACCCGGACGAUUAUGUUCGAGAGACGACUAGAGAUAUACAGCGAGUGCCAAGGAAUUACGACCCGACCCUGCAUCCUUUUGAGGUGCCCAGAGAAUACACCAGGGCCCUAAAUGCCACUAAACUGGAGAGGGUAUUUGCCAAACCCUUUGUAGCUUCACUAGAUGGACACAGAGAUGGCAUCAGCUGCAUCACCAAACACGCCAAAAGCCUGUCAACAAUCAUAUCUGGUGCCUGCGAUGGGGAGGUGAAAGUGUGGAACCUUACUAAGCAGGAGUGUUUGAGGACAGUUCAGGCUCAUGAAGGAUUUGUACGAGGAAUCUGUUCCCGCUUUUGUGGCACUUCCUUUUUCACGGUAGGAGAUGACAAGACCAUCAAACAGUGGAACAUGGAGGCCCCAGGAUAUGGAGUUCGGGAGGAACCAAUUAACACAAUUCUGGGGAAGGCGGUGUUCACUGGCAUUGACCACCACCAGAGGGAGGGCACGUUCGUAACCUGCGGGCAGACGGUGGAUAUCUGGGAUGAACAGAGAAGCAGUCCCAUCCGCUCCUUCAGCUGGGGUGUGGACAGCUUCAGCUGCGUCCGCUACAACCCUGUGGAGACUGAACUUCUCGCCAGCUGCGCAUCAGACAGAAGUAUCGUCUUGUAUGACACCAGAGAAUCUGCACCACUUAGAAAGGUUAUCAUGCAAUUGAGAAGCAAUACGCUUUGUUGGAACCCAAUGGAAGCAUAUUAUUUUACCUGCGCCAAUGAAGACUAUAACCUUUAUACUUACGAUAUAAGGAAUCUGGAUGUUCCUGUAAAUGUGCACAUGGAUCAUGUAUCCGCUGUACUGGAUGUGGAUUAUUCACCUACAGGAAGGGAGUUUGUAUCCGCCAGCUUUGACAAAACGGUCCGAAUCUUUCCAAAAAACCAAAACCACAGCAGGGAGGUGUACCACACCAAACGUAUGCAGCAUGUCAUCUGUGUGAGAUGGUCUGCUGACAACAAAUAUGUCCUGAGCGGCUCUGACGAGAUGAACAUUCGGCUGUGGAAGGCCAACGCGUCGGAGAAACUUGGACUGCUCUCUGCCCGAGAAAAAGCUGCCGCAAACUACAACAAGAAGCUGAUAGAGAAAUUUCAGCACCAUCCGCAGGUGAAACGCAUCGCCCGUCACCGCCACGUGCCCAGAGAUGUCCUGAAGCAGAAGAGAGAGCUGCAGGAAAUGAAGGAAGCCCGGCGCAGGAAGGAACAAAACGUCCGCAAACACAGCAAGCCAGGAUCUGUUCCUCUGCUGACAGAAAAGGAGAAGCAUGUGGUGGCUGUUGUGGAGUAAGAGCUGAUUUAAAGAGGUGCUUUCGGUGGAUGGUUUUCUGUUUCUCCACACGCGGACAUGCUCCAAAAUAUUCCACCCUUUGGCCUCUCUUGUACUUCCAUACUAAGGAUUUUGAGUGUAUACAAGAACUGUUGGCUACACAUGUUUCUAAAGAAUUUUACAUGGACACACUGAGCUCUCUUUAUAAUUGGUUGUAUAUGAACAAUAAAAACAUUUUUAUUUGUGAA